UAAUAACCGUUUCGGAGUUUAGUCCUAAUCAACAGUCUCGGGAAAGGACCGGACCGAUUAAGGAGGUUAGGAAAGGUUCCAGUCAUUUCAACACUAUUUUCUCCUCCCCCUUCUCUCUCCUCCCCGCCCUCCAUUUCCGAAAGUCGGGGGAAAGUCUCGUUAGUUACUUGAGUGCCGACCUGUCUGGAGGAAGUAGGUGGAAAGAUGGCUGAUAAAAUGCACUGUGAUACGGAUGACAAUGUUGUCAACCUUGUGGAGAUGGAGUUUCGAGAUGGUUCACUUUACUUCAAAGCUGAAGAUGAUGGUAACGUAUGACUAUUUCUCUGCUUUGGAUCAUAUCUACAGGGAGUUUUUUGAGAAUGCUUACCCACAUAUACCAUCUUUACCAACGUGCUCAGCAUGGAAAGAGAUGGACUUGACAUUGUUCAGAUUUGGUUUGGAAAACCAAUAUUCUUUCUGAAAUGGUUGUAGUCUAUAUAAGUGCAGUAUUUUUCCCAUAAAGUGAAAAAGAUAGGACUACUACUAAGUGUCCUCUGAUGCUUUGGAAAUUCUGCAACUCCUUAAAAAACAUUCUAAGCAAAAAUAAUAUAUACCAUUAAGGAAUGAUUAAUCCAAUUGGAGAGCACAUGAAAAUGGAGCAAGGGAUAUUAGAACCACUCUUAGGGAAAAGGGCAGGGCCCCCAGGAGGAAUGUAUGGACAUCUAGAACACAAAAAAGAAGAUUCUCCAUGCUGCUGCUUCUAUCUCCAUCCUCAAUGGUGCCUCAAGGAGAGUGGCUUAAGAGAGACAAAAAUCCAGACUUAUAUUGCUGGGCUUUUGGUCUUUAGACAGUCAACCUCUAUAAAUAAGUAGGCCCCUUUGGUUGAAGUGAAGGACAAUUCCCUUAUCUAUUUCUAGUUUUCCAACUAGCCAUUGAUUUUUCAGAUUCCUUUUUUCUUUAAAAUUUUUAAUAAUAGCAUUUUAUUUUCAAAAUAUAUACAGAUAGUUUUCAACAUUCACCCUUGCAAAACUUUGUGUUACAAAUUUUUCUCUUUUCCUUCCCCCCAUUCUCCUCCUCUAGACAGAAAGUAAUCCAAUAUAGCUUAAACAUGCAAUUCUUCUAAACAUAUUUCUACAUUUAUCAUGUUGCACAAGAAAAAUCAGAUCAAAAAGAAAAAAAAGCAUGCAAACAACAAAAAAGGUGAAAAUACUAUGUUGCAAUCCACAUUCAGUCUCCAUAGUCUUCUUUCUGCUUGUAGAUGGCUCUCUCCAUCACAAGACUAUUGAAAUUGCCUUGAAAUCGCCUCAGUGUUGAAAAGAACCACGUCCAUCACUAUUGAUCAUCACAUAAUCUUAUUGUUAUUGUGUACAAUGUUCUCUAGGCUCUACUCACUCCCCUUUGCAUCAGUUCAUAUAAAUCUCUCCAGGCCUUUCUAAAAUCAUCCUGCUGAUUGUUAUAAAACAAUAUUCAUGUACCGUAACUUAUUCAGCCACUCCCUAACUGAUGGACCAGAUUCCUUUUUCUAAAAGUAAUUUAAGAGGAUGAACAGAAAAUUCCCCAAUUUCUGGCACUGGGUUGCCCCUCCUGGCUCGAGGCAAGAGUUCUGACCUCUUUCUGUGAAGGGUGUGCUGCUCAGUUGCUCUAGAGUGACUGAUCAUCAGUGAUGCUGGUUGCGACAAAGACAACUGACCACUGAAUCAGAUGAACCGUCCACUCUGUAGUGUAUAACAAGGGAAAAAACUCUUUUGUUUUCUUUUGAUUCCUCUUUCUUGAACUAUCAGCAAGGGGACAGACCCUCAUAGAAAGAAGCCAGGAUACAUGCCCAGCUCCACAAGCAGUGCCCCAAUCAGCAGUUUGGAGUACUCCUUAUCACCUUCAUUAUAGAAGCAGUGGUCCUCUGUGCUUUGGACACACAUACUCUACACCAGAUGCCAAAGAGAAUCACAAUCUAUGGGAAAAUUUCCUCUUCUCUUGUAUUUCUGUAGUCGCCCUUUGCAUUUCUUAAAGACUGAACUUCUUUCUAUAUUUAGGUCUCUUGUUUAGAGCAAUUAAAAGCAAUAAGUGACAUCAUCACUGAUAAUUACUGUAAGAGGCUGUUAAUUUUUCAAUAAGAAACUCACAUUUCUUUGAUGGGUAAUUCAAUGCAUGUUGUAGAUUACUUGGAAUCAGAUGAUUUCCAUAAGUUGGAAGAACCCAAAAAUGCAGUCUUAAGAAACGUGGACAAUCGAGUUGUCAUGAAAGAAAGUAAGAUGGACACAGCGGUGUUGGAGUCCAUGACUGAUUAUGAGGUUCAAGCAAAUGCAUCCCAAACUACAUUCAUAAUACAAGCUUAUAAAGAGACUGUACCCAGCGGUUUGCCAGUAGCCCUCUUGGUGAAGAGUAAAAACCAGAUUUAUCAUCUAUCCUGCCAUAAUAAAGAACUUCGAUUUAAGGAAGGUGAUGUUCCAAAUCAUAUUGCAGCUCCAAAAAGUGAUUAUAUAUUCUACCAAAAGAAGGUUAUAGGGCACAAUAAGAUGCAAUUUGAGUCUUCAAUGUACCGAGGAUAUUUUCUGGCUUGUAAGAAGGAACAAGGCUAUUUUAAACUUGUUUUAAAAGAAGGUUGUGAAGGAGAGGAUGAGUUAAAGAUGUUUAGUGUUCAUUUUUGUUAAGUUUCAAUGUAGAAAAAAAGCAUAAAACCACUUGGGAAAAAUUUCUUGGGGAAAAAAAUGUAUGAGUAGAAAAUAUACCCUUUAGUGACUUGAGAAGUGAAAAAAAAAAUUCAUCCACAUAAUUAAAAUGGUAAAAUCAAGAAAUAAAAACCCAAUAUAAUGAAAACAAUGAUAUAAACAAAAUAAAGGUGUAUACACUUAUUGCAUCACUACUAGUCACACUCCCAAUGUGACUUUGGGCAAGGGCAAUUCAAUUAGCCUUUUUGGGUUUGGUUUCCUUAUUCUUACCUCCUCACAAACUAUGUUUCAAGCAAACAGAAUCAUUGUUUCAUGAAAUGCCAUUUCUUAUCUGUAUGAAUCAUAAGUAAAUAAAGCAUCUCCCAUAUCUAAAA